AUGGCGACCGAAGCCGAAAGGAAGCGACACUCUCGGUGUCUUGUUGUUUUUACGUUGUUGAUUUACUUUGAAUUGUCACUGGAAAUUGACAGUAAAGAUACACAGAAAAGGAAGCCAUAUUUAGAUUUAGAGCGGUUAAAAUCAAAAUAUGAUAGCCGAACAUUUGUGAUUGAUUCUGAACUUUUCAGAAGUGAAAAUGGAUUUGAUGCUUCAAAGAGUGUCCCAGCAGAUUUCAAACUGCGAUCUAAGAGGGAUGCAGCGUCACCUAAAAGUCAUUCGCCUAGUGCAGUUUCUGUGCAGUUAAAUGACAGUCAUACACAGAUGAUUGUCCACUGGGCGGGGGCGGGGUCAGAGGUCAUCAUCGCCCUGUCCCGCAGUAGUCACCCCACCAACAGUUCCACCAGUAACUUAUUCAUGUCUUACGACUACGGGAAAAGCUUCCAGAACAUGAAGCAUUCUAUUCUGAUACCGCAUGGAAUGACCCCAAUCAUCCAUCAUUAUUAUAACAGCAGAGUGUAUAAUUCACAUUACAUAUUUACAGACAUUGUACAUAAUUAUAUUUUCACCACCCUGAAUUACGGGCGAACCUUCACAUCACACAGUGUGCCAUUCAAACCAACAGAUCUGAAGCUCCACGCAAGCGAUCCUAACCUAGUUCUGGGGAUGGACAAAAAUGAUACCAGUAAAAAGCUUUAUUUGUCCGAGAAUUUUGGAUACACAUGGAGAAUGGUACAACAAGGGGUUGUGAAUUUUGAGUGGGGAGAGGCCCCUUAUGACAAUGACUCCAUUAUUUACGUCGAGCGGGAGCACCAUUAUAUCGAUGGCAGUGGGGGGUCUAUCCUCAGCAGUGAUGACUUGUUCAGAACGCGACCUAAAGUGUUACUGUAUGGGGGCAAGGACUUCAAGAUGGAGGGGCCCUACAUGUUUGCCACCAAAACACAGAGUUUGUUCGGGGCACGCCAGCCAGUAAAACAGCUCUGGGUAUCGUACAAGAGAGGACGUUUUGCCAAUGCAGAAUUUUCUGAGAGACUUCCUAAUUAUGAUUUCUAUGUCGCGGAUGCCUCAGAAGAGCAGGUGUUUCUGGUGGUCACUCACAAUGAGACCACUGGUCAAUCCCACCUCUACAUCUCGGACAUCACGGGGGCCAAGUACUCUAAGACCCUGGACAACAUUGUCUACUAUAAUCCGGAGGGGGCUCACAGGAACAGCUGGCUCAAAUAUUUUGCCAAAGAAGCGUUUGUGGAUUUAACAAAGAUCAAAGGUAUGAAGGGUGUGUAUAUAGCUAAUCAGCUGACUAAGAACGACAGCUUCCAGAAAGAUGACCAGAGAAGCAUGAUAACGUUUGACAAGGGUGGACAGUGGUCACUCAUCAACCCGCCUCCGUAUGACAUCAACGGCAAUAAAACAAAGAACUGUACCAAAUACAGUAAGGAUAAUUGUUCUUCACUGCAUGUGACACAAGAGUUCAGUCGAUUAUAUCCGGGGGCUAGGAAUAUUCCCAUUUUAUCCCGGGAAUCAGCACCUGGCAUCGUCCUGGCAACAGGGGUCAUAGGGACAAGGUUAAAGAACCAACCUGAUGUUUACGUGUCAUCCAGUGCAGGAUAUCAGUGGAAACCAGCACUGAAAGGGAAUUACUUCUAUGCUAUGGGGGAUCAUGGUGGAUUACUUGUAGCUGUUCCUCAGUUCCAGAACACCAGAGAAUUACUAUAUUCCUAUGAUGAGGGAGAGACCUGGAACACCUACACGUUCCACAAUGAGACAAUCCGAGUCUAUGGUGUACUGACAGAACCAGGGGAGGCUACUGCUAUCUUCUCUAUUUUUGGAUCUCACCUAGGGUUCCACAAAUGGCUCAUUAUUCAAGUUGAUAUGGGGAAGGUCUUCAGAUACACUUGUAAGAAGGAUGACUACAAGAUGUGGUCUUUUACCGAUAACCCACCAUUUGCUGGUUGUAUCCUCGGAAAGAAGUUAGUCAUUGAACGGCGUAUAGCCCAUGCUUACUGCUACAAUGGAAGGGACUACGAUAGAACUAUUGUAGAGAAAAACUGUUCCUGUUCCAGAGAAGAUUAUGAAUGUGCCUUUGGUUUCCACUUGGAAGAAAGCUUGUUUAAUUUCAACCAGAAGUGUAUAGAGGACAAUGAUCCAGACAUUAACAUACAUAAACCUCCCAAGAACUGUCCCCCAGGGACAUUUUAUCCCUACUCCCGGGGCUACCAGAAGAUCCCUGGGGACACGUGUCAGUACGGAGAGGAUUACAGAUACGACCCCCUCAUGUAUUCCUGUCCUGUAGCAGAGGUGCCUGAAUUUCUGAUUUAUGUAUCGAGUCGUAGCGUGUCUCGAGUUAUGCUGGGGGAUAACAGACAGGAAGUUAUUUACAUGGCCACCGGCAUCAACAAUGUCCUCGCAGCUGAGUUUGAUCUCCAUAGCAACUGCAUGUUUGUCAGUCUUACUGAAGAAAUACAGAAAGUUUGUUUUGGAGAAAACACAACGAACACAGCGACAGCUAUGCCGGUCAUCAGUAAGAACCUUGGGAAUGUGGAGGCAUUGGCAUUUGAUUGGACUAGUAAGAAUCUGUACUGGAUUGAUUCGGCGAAACGUAAAAUAGAGGUGGCUCGAGAGGACGGCAGGUACAGGAAGGAGCUGUUUAACUCGACCUACCUAGACAGACCCAGGGCAAUGGUUCUGGAUCCAAGAUUUGGAUACAUGUACUGGACUGACUGGUCAGCUACAAACCCCAGAAUUGUCCGAGCUUGGAUGGACGGUACGCACAACCAAACCAUUGUCACCCGUCCGAAUGUCCACUGGCCAAAUGGUAUAACCAUUGACUACCGCUCAGACAAGAUAUUCUGGACCGACGCCUACAGGCACGGUGUUUACUAUGCAGAUUCUGACGGGAGAAAUCCACACACAGUGAAGUCUGGAUAUUACUACACGCCACACCCAUAUAGCAUUGGAGUCUUCAAGAAUAAUAUAUACUGGGCUGAUUGGACAAAGAAAGCUGUGCUGACCACAAACAAAAACAAUGGGUUGGGAUUUAACCCAAUAAUAAUCAGCAAAAGUAAUCGUGUGAGGGACCUAAAGGUCUACUCAAGCACAUCUCAAAGCUCGUACCCGACCUGUAGCCAUGGUAAGAGCCUGCACACAGUUUACGUGCCCCGCCCCCAGUUCAAUGAGACAGGUGUGAAUCCCCCUGUUAACUGGACGUGUGACCAUGACGAUGAUUGCCAUGACAACAGUGAUGAAAUAAACUUUCUCUGUUCACAUCGCACUUUACCUGUGAUAAUGGUCGAUGUAUGUCUUCUGGUCUGUGACCGUGACGAUGACUGCCAUGAUGGAUCAGACGAAUUCGACUGUCCUUACUUGGAGUGUACUGUAGGUAAUUUCCAAUGUAAAAAGGGAGGGAACAGUUUCACUGUGCCAUGGCGGUGUGACCAUGACAACGACUGUGAGGACGGAUCCCAAGCCCCUACAACUACUACUUAUUUCUGUGAGCGACACUGUACAGACAGGCGUGUGUGUUACGAUUACAGACAAGACCCCAAUGAACAUCAUCUCCUACUCCAUUUCCUACAACUAGUGCCCCUGGCUGUAGUGAGAACCAGUUUUACUGCUACAGAGGUCACUCUAUUUACCGGAUGUGAAUCUGACCUACAACCUGGGUUUGUGACAAUGCUACUGACUCUGAAAGAGCAUUGUCCUGUCAGUGACUUUAAGUGUUUGUACAGUGAUGGCUGUGUUUCAUUUCAAAGCCCCAGCCUACAACUACUACCUUAUUUCAUUGUGACGACAUGUACAGACAGGCGUGGAUGUUACGAUUACAGUCAGAGGUGUGACGGAAUAUUGGAUUUGGAUGGAUCAGAUGAAAAUAUUCUGCCCUCAGGUCACUCUAUUUACCCCAUUUGUAUCCCAAAGACCUGGGUGUGUGACAAUGCUACUGACUGUGAGAACGGGGAGGAUGAAGAUGCCAGUGAAUGUAAAGCUAAAGAGCAUUGUCCUGUCACUGACUUUAAGUGUUUGUACAAUGCUGGCUGUGUGCCCCAGUCUAAGGUGUGUGAUGGCUUCUCUGACUGCCUGGAUAAAUCAGAUGAGAUGGGAUGUGACAUGACGUCAUUCCUCUCUUUUCAACAUGAAAAUUUCAUCAUCUUUCAAAUGAAGAAGAAACCCUGCCUUGUAUAUAGACAUACACUAUUCUCUGUGUCUGUUUCAGCUCCAGAACUCUGUUCUCAGCUUAGAGAUGAGAAUUACGAGAAAUUCCGUCAGAACUACUACGUGUGUAACUCCCAGGGAGUGGAGACUUGUGGACUCUGGUUGAGAGUGUGUGAUUGGACAAACCCCUGUUAUCUCUACAACAACCUGAUUGUUACACUCUGUAGACAAAGAAUAAAUGUGACACACUUGGAGGCCAUUCCUGACACAGAGGGUAACAUUCUUGUCACCUGGCAACCGCCUGAAAAUCUAGCCAAUCAGAAGAUCAGAUAUAAAGUCUCUUACUUAGAAAAGGAGAAUGAGAAGACUUGGCAAAAUAUUACAGAAAACCUUAGCAGACAUAAUUACACCAUUAAAAAUGUGCGAUCUUUGACCCCAUAUGUGAUCACAGUGUAUGUCAUCACGCCUGACAACCGGACUCAUUUCCCUGUAGAGCCCAUUACUGUGACAACCUUGCAGGAAGUACCUAAAGUACCAGGGGCUUUCAGUGUGAAUUAUGCCUCAAAUAAUAUGACGGUCCAGUUAACAUGGACAGCCCCACCUGGAUCGCGCCCAGGGGAGAUAAGGAGUUACAAAAUAUACUGGAAAUCUGCAGAAAAGAACGUUACUUCCUUUACAACUGUUCCUGGAAAGACAGAAUCUUUCUUAUUUGACAGUGGAAGGCUAACCUACAAUAAGAAAUAUCAGUUUUGGGUGUCAGCAGUGAAUCUAGCUGGUGAAGGACAGGCCACAGACAAAACCCCUGAAAAGGGCCUCAUCUACGAUCAAGGGGGCAUCACUAUAAUGCCGAAUUUCACAGAGCCCCAGAGGCCAGACAAUUUCACCAUAAGGUUGAACUGGCGACCUGUACCGGGAGCGGACGGAUAUAGGAUUACCUACCAAGACGCCAUGAAGGUUCCUGUGACAGUCGACGUUAAGGGCCGCACAAAAGUCUCUACAACAAUCAAUAAUCUGUGUCCAGGAUUUGAGUACGAAUUCCAGAUGGCUGCGUACAAUAACCAUGGCGACGGACCAUCAAGAUCCAUCAUGGUAGAGAUGAACGGGACCACUCCAACUUUGGAGAUCGCUAAUGCCACAAUGCAAGAUAAUACAGUCUUUGUGAUAAGCUGGAAACCUGCACAACUGAACUUGGACAAACCAGUGCCUAUAAGUUACACAGUAUUUUAUGACUAUGACCCUCGUGACCUUGAACUUGGCACUGACCCCAGAAAGAAGGCUAAGAAUGUAACAGUAACCAAUAGAAACAGUGCCACAUUGAAAGGACUGAGGGCCUGCGAGUCGUACACGGCGAGGCUGGCCAUGACUGCCCCAGGGUUCUGUCCCUUGUCUGACAUCGCAACAUUCGUCACUGGAGAAGAUGAAAGUGCCCAGCCUGAGAAUGUCAAUUUCCAGUUCUUUAAGGGCAGUAAGACAAAAGGAAACCUAACAUGGGAAGCUGCUUGUUUUGAGGAAUUUAUAGAUGUGGGAUAUGUUGUUAUAGUGACGGAGGACCGAACCAAUCAAACGUUUCGAUCACAGAAGUAUACUGCCACUAAGGACCUGAAGUUGUUCCAGACCUUGGGACUCCUGCGGAGGGGAGCUACCUACACAGUGGUCAUUCAGAGGGACGUCCAAGGGGUCCGCAAUCCCCGACCUUCAGAUCCCUACAAGAUCAGAGUUGAGCCCUAUGCCAGUCCCCUGAACCUUGUGGGAACUCCCCAGUCUGAUGAAGGCAAAAUAACCUUGACCUGGACCCCAAACACAGUGGAUCAUCCAAAACCUGAAAACUUAAAGGGAUAUGAGGUGCAGUGGAUGAGGAGCCAUGAGGGAGGAAGUCACUCCCAGACUGAGUUCCAGACCCUGGGGAUCCUGGGAGGGACCAUCACAGACUUCACCGUCCAGAAGUUCUCUGACUACCACUUCCGAGUCCGUGUGGUGACUAAGGAUGGCUAUAGGGGGGCCUGGAGCCAGGAGUAUCACAUGACAUCCUCAGAGGUGAUUGCAGAGCCCCAGAGUUCUACAGUUACAAUGAAUAAAACAAAUCUCAUCGCUAUCAUUGUCUCUAUUGCCACUGUUGUCAUUGCUCUUGUCGUCGUUCUCGCCUUCUUUAUCAUCAGACAUCGCCGACUUCAGAGAAGCUUUAUGGCGUUCGCCAACAGUCACUAUGAUUCCAGAUCAGGGACGACGACAUUUAGCGCCAAUGAUAUCGGUAAUUACACUGACAUUUUGUACAUUGUACAUGUUCUAUUUUUAGGUGAAGAAGAGGAUUCUCCUAUGAUACGGGGAUUUUCUGAUGAUGAGCCCCUUGUGAUAGCAUAAUGGACAGAGACAGAGAGCUUGUGCCAUGUGUGAUCUCCGAUGAGAUCAUACGUAUUGUGAUAUACUGUCUUUGUCAGACCUUGUCACCGUGUGACUUUUCUGUGAUUUUACGAUACAUAUUUCGAAUUUAAUCUUUCAAGGUGUAUGUAUUUUUGAAAAUUUAGUAACCUCAUUUGUUUUGGAAAAAUAUUCUGCUUUUUACAUGUAUAUACUACAUGUAAUGUUACUACAUGUAAUGUAAGUGUUCUUUUUGGAUUUUUAUAACACUUCAUUUUCUUCUGUAUUGAGUCUUUUACCAUUAUCAUAUUUAAGGACUUGUAUAUCUAAUAACCUGAGGGAACUCAUCAUUUGUUUUUAUAAGUGUUGAUUUAUGGCAAUAGCAUCUAUUUCAUUUCAUUUUAAUGUUUACACGUCAUUAAUUUGUUUAUUGUAAGAUUAUGAAGCUUCACAAAGGUCUGGCCCUGGAAUCAUGAAACAUCUUACUAUGUAGACAAAAUCUUCAUAAUCUACUAAAAUGUAGCAGCAAAAAAUAAAAAAAUUAUUAAUAUUGCUCC